AUGAGUUCACCAAGGAAGAAAACAAAAAAGAGCGAUAGUGCCACAACCUUAACACCUAGGCCACCGCAGAGCCCACAAGGAACUGAAGGAGCUGUUCAAGGGGAUUGUCCGAUUGAAGGGGCAGACAGUGGACCAGGUAAAAGUUAUGGAGGAAGCCGUAUACUGCUCCAGAGAAGGAAGGCAGUGCAGUUCUCUGGGACCUCCAAGCACUGCAACAGCACCCGCACAAGAAUAAAAAAUCAACUCAGAAAACACAGGAUUCUUCGUGAAACCCUGGUUAAAUUCAUAUGCCAGCCUGAAGAGGAUGGCGACUCUCUAGCAUGUGGCAUCUCCAAAUUUACAACAAAGGAAAACUAUGAAAUGAGAUAUAAAUAUUUCAUCCAGAAUGGGAUAGACCUUCAGAAUGUGGCUUCUCUUGAGGACUCUUGGAUGGAGAACAUUAAGGCUUUGAUCCCCUGCCAUCUGAAGGGCCUGAAGACAACAAUAGAGCAACAGGAGGACGAAAUCAAGGAGGACUACCUGCUCAGCGUCAAGACAGCAAUCUUGGGAUAUACAUUCAGAGAGUCAAGGGAAAUUGAAGAGGACAAAAUGAAAGAUCUUCCACCACACCGGCUUGAAAUGGAGGUGUUUCCAAAACCUUGGAACAAAGCCUUUGUCAAUGCACGAGAGAGGAUGAGAUUAAAGCUUCACACUAUCAACCCCAUAAUGCAGCAGGUGGUCUUCAUUUGGCAUGUUGGUUACAAAAAUGUCCGUCUGAUAGAUGUUGACGAGUUCCACAGCAGAAGGGAGUCCAUGGAGCUUUCUGUGUUUCAGCAGAUUGUUAACAGACAUGUUGAGUAUGCAAGAGCAAUCCUCCUAAAUAAUUGGGUUCCUGAAAUGCAAAAUAUUUACUACCUGGGGUACAGGCAUAAGCUGGUGCCUGCCUCCACCAACAAGACCAAGCUACUGUCCUUCUUCAACUGUGCAGCUACACUGAUGACCUCCCACUUGCAGAGCCUUGCAAUAAACUCCAUAACAGACUAUACAAAACUAAUUUCCCAAGACCUGCAGUCAGAGCGCGCCUAUGAGUACCCUGGGUUUGUGCUGCAUCUGGUCCUGGAGGACAGGGAGAUCAAGUUUGAGCCCGACCUCAAACAGUAUGAGGAGGUCCUGCUUGACGUCUAUGAGUUGAUGCUCAGGUCCAUCAGCAUGGUACCUCGUGUGGAAACUAAGCUGUACCCAGAUUUGUCAGGCUCCCCGUUUGGAAGCACCUUGAAGCCAAUUAUCCUGCCAGAGAUUCUUCAGCCACAGCAGGAAGAAGUACGCAGGGUUUUCUGGGAUGAAUGUGUAAAACCCAAAGAUUACAUCCAUGAGUAUGAUAAAUACGCUGCACUGGUAUCCAGGCAAGCAGAGGAAGAUGUAGAGCAUUUCCUAAGUGAGCAGCACUCCUUCCAGGAAGUCAUGGCAGAGGUGAUGCACUACCAGGAGCUUGCUGACCAGAUCCAGUACACAUCAUGCAAGGUGGUAUGUCUUGGCAUGUUUGAGGUUCAGUCCCAUAAGCUCAUCCACUCUCUGGUCAAGCAUGCUCAGGACUUACAGCAGAGACUGAUUGCUCGGAUGCUACAGGAUCAUCAGGAACUCAACAAACAACUCUGUAAGGAAUUUGAGAAGAUUGCAGAGAAGGCCCUGACUACACCGCCUGACACACAGACACUAAUGGAUCUAAAGGACUUCAUGAAUAAACUGGAGACAACAGAGAUGCCCUUAUUCGAGCAAAGAUUGGCAGUCUCCAACUCACAACUGUGUUUCCUGAUGGACUUUGUCGACCUCUCACCAUUGGACAUGCAGCUCAACUCAAAGACCAUCCAGUGGUUUAAGAGUAUGCCAUCCAUCUUUAAGGAAAACCAAAAGAUCACAGCUGAAAAGACGGAGCAUUAUCAGAGUGGGCUUAAGUUCUGCCGUGAUCGCUUUGUUGAAGAACUUGAGAACUACAGCGUACAGGUGGAGGAAUUUACCACCUUUGGGGAUCUGACAGAUUUAAGCAAGUAUCUGAAGAAAUCCCAGGACCUCAAUGCUAAACUAGAGGAAGCCAUGGACAAGAUAAACGAUUUCAACCUAGAGGAGGAAGCCUAUGGCUGGUCUGUUUCCCAGUACCCACAGCGUAAAAAGAUCCAGGACAAGCUCACACCCUUCCUGCACCUUUAUGAGACAGCCACUGACUUCCUAAACCAGCAUAACAAGUGGCUCAAUGGACCGCUCUCAGGAGUCAACCCAGACAAGGUGGAAGGAGAUGUUGGGAACUUCUGGCGCACUCUGUACAAGCUGGAGAAAGGCUUCAAUGAUGUCCCGAAGGCACUGAACAUAGCCACCACUAUGAAGACAAAGGUGGAGGAAUUCAAGGAGCACAUUCCUAUGGUGCAGGUAUUGUGCAAUCCAGGCUUACGUGAACGCCACUGGGAAGCCAUUUCAGAGGUGGCUGGUAUGUCCCUGCAGCCAGCUGAUGAUCAGUUCUGUGUGGCUCACUUCUUAUCCUUGAGCCUGGAUCAGCACCUGAACAGCUUUGAGGGCAUCAGUGAGGCAGCCAGCAAGGAGUACUCCCUGGAGAAGGCCAUGGAAAAAAUGGCUGGUGAAUGGGGGGACAUGGUGUUCAGCCUCCUGGCCUACAGAGAGACGGGCACCUCGAUCCUGUCCUCUGUGGAUGAAGUGCAGAUGCUGUUGGAUGAUCAUAUAGUGAAGACACAAACCAUGAGGGGCUCACCUUUCAUCAAACCUUUUGAAGUGGAGAUACGGGAAUGGGAGGACAAGUUGCUGCUUCUCCAAGAGAUCCUGGAUGACUGGUUGAAGGUGCAGUCCACGUGGCUUUACCUAGAGCCCAUAUUUAGCUCCCCAGAUAUCAUGACCCAAAUGCCAGAAGAGGGACGCCGAUUCACUACUGUGGACAAAACCUGGAGGGACACCAUGAAACAAGUUGCAGUGGACAACCACGUGUUGGCAGUGAUUGCCAUCGACAAGAUGCUAGAGAGGCUUAAGAAGUCCAAUGAACUUCUGGAUCUGAUCCUCAAAGGUCUUAACAACUACCUGGAGAAGAAGCGUCUCUAUUUUCCACGGUUCUUCUUCCUGUCCAACGAGGAGCUGCUGGAAAUUCUCUCAGAGACCAAAGACCCAACAAAGGUGCAGCCACAUCUGAAGAAGUGCUUUGAAGGCAUCGCUAGUGUUGUCUUCACCAAUUUAUUGGACAUCACUCACAUGAAGAGCAGUGAGGGUGAAGUAGUGCUGCUGCUGGAUAUCAUUUCCACAUCUAAAGCCAGGGGACAGGUGGAGAAGUGGCUUCUGGAACUUGAGAAUGGCAUGAUGGCCUCCCUGCACAAGGUAAUCGGUGAGGCCAUAGAGGCGUACCCCAAGGAGUUGAGGAUACACUGGGUGUGUGCGUGGCCAGGUCAGACUGUGCUCUGCGUCUCACAAGUGUACUGGACAAAGGAUAUUCAUGAAGCCAUUAAAUCAGGAAAGAAGGCCUUAGAUGACUACCUGGAGCAGAACAAUAGACAGAUUGAUGACAUUGUGGCACUUGUACGUGGCAAGCUAUCCAAGCAGACCCGUGUGACCCUCGGAGCCCUUGUUGUGCUGGACGUCCAUGCCAGGGAUGUGCUCGCUACCCUGGUGCAAAAGGGGAUAAGCGAUGAGAACGACUUUGAGUGGCUAAGCCAACUACGCUACUACUGGGUGGAAAACCACCUCCAGACUAAGAUGAUAAAUGCUGGUUUGCCUUAUGGUUACGAAUACCUAGGAAACACUCCCCGUCUGGUAAUUACCCCCCUCACGGACCGCUGCUACCGCACUUUGUUUGGGGCCCUUAGCCUUCAUUUGGGAGGGGCCCCAGAGGGUCCGGCUGGCACAGGAAAAACAGAGACAACCAAAGACUUGGCUAAAGCUGUGGCUAAACAAUGUGUUGUGUUCAACUGCUCUGAUGGACUGGAUUACAUUGCUCUUGGCAAAUUCUUCAAAGGCCUUCUGUCCUGUGGAGCCUGGGCCUGCUUUGAUGAGUUUAACCGCAUUGACUUGGAGGUGCUGUCUGUUGUGGCUCAACAGAUUCUCACAAUACAGAGAGGAAUUGUUGCCCAUGUUGAGCUGCUGAUGUUUGAAGGGACAGAGCUAAGACUGAACCCUUCCUGUGCUGUAUUCAUUACCAUGAAUCCUGGAUAUGCUGGUCGCUCUGAGUUACCAGACAACCUCAAGGCUCUGUUUAGGACUGUUGCGAUGAUGGUACCGGACUACGCAAUGAUUGCAGAGAUUGUCCUCUACUCCUGUGGCUUUGUGACUGCACGUCCCCUGUCGGUGAAAAUAGUGGCAACCUAUCGACUCUGCUCUGAGCAGCUAUCCUCACAGCACCACUAUGACUACGGGAUGAGGGCUGUCAAGUCUGUGCUGACUGCUGCUGGAAACCUCAAGCUCACUUUUCCAGAGGAGAAUGAAGACACCCUGUUGCUGAGAUCCAUUAUUGAUGUCAAUCUGCCCAAGUUCUUGUCCCAUGAUCUGAAGCUGUUUGAUGGCAUCACCUCUGACCUCUUCCCAGGGGUCCAGCUUCCAAAUCGAGACUACAGUGUCCUAAUGGAUGCCAUCAAGGAAAACUGUAAGCUCAUGAACCUGCAGCUCACUGAAUUCUUUGCUGAGAAAAUCCUGCAGAUCUUUGAGAUGAUGAUAGUAAGGCAUGGUUUCAUGCUUGUGGGCGACCCCUUUGGAGGCAAGACCAGUGCCUAUCUUGUGCUGGCAGCAGCCCUUCAGGAUGUCUAUACAAAGGAUUUAAUGGAUGAGAACCAGGUACAGAUCACAGUUAUCAAUCCCAAAUCCAUCACCAUGGGCCAGCUGUAUGGACAGUUUGACCCCAUCUCUCAUGAGUGGUCUGAUGGCAUCCUUGCUGUCAGCUACAGAGCCUUCGCUUCCUCUCAGAGCCCAGACAGAAAGUGGCUUAUCUUUGACGGCCCGGUGGACGCCGUGUGGAUUGAAAAUAUGAACACAGUGCUUGAUGACAACAAAAAGCUGUGUCUGAUGAGCGGGGAGAUCAUUCAGAUGUCACCACAAAUGAGCCUCAUCUUUGAGCCAAUGGACCUGGAGGUGGCAUCGCCAGCCACAGUGUCUCGAUGUGGUAUGAUCUACAUGGAGCCUCAUAUGCUUGGCUGGAGGCCCCUUUUGCUGUCAUGGCUCAAUACCCUGCCUUCGACAGUCAGUGCAGCACACAAAGAGCUCAUCACUGCCCUUUUCGACCGGAUACUGCCAGCCUGCCUGCAGCUCAUUCGAAAGGCCACUAAGACGCUCUCCCCUACGUCUGACACUAAUCUAGUCAAGUCCCUGAUGAAUCUGAUGGACUGUAUGAUGGAUGAGUUUCAUGAUGAAGAAAAGAUGAAGAGCAUGAAUGAAAACGAUACUUGCUCUUGGUUGGAGGGCAUCUUUGUGUUCUGCCUGGUGUGGUCAGUCGGCGCCAGCUGUGAUGAUUCAGGCCGCAACAAAUUUGAUGCGGUAGUGAGGGAAAUCUUGAAUGGUCCUUUAAGUGAGGAGACCCAAGCUUGCCAUGGUCUUCUUGUCAAUGUCGAGGCUCCACCUAAACAGCUCAUUGUUCCCCUGCCUAAAGAGGGAACAGUCUACCAGUAUCGCUUCAUUAAAGAGGGUCCAGGCAGGUGGGAGUUGUGGACAGACGAGCUAAAGGCUGCGCCCUCCAUAGGCAAAGACAUGCAGUUCAAUGAGAUCAUCGUUCCCACUGAGAACACAGUACGAUACAUGGCACUGAUGGAGCUCCUUGUCAACCACCAGAAGCCCACUAUUUUCAUCGGCCCCACUGGUACUGGCAAGAGUGUCUACAUUACAGACUUCCUAUUGAAUCAGUUGCAGAAGGACGUGUACAGCCCAUUAUUCAUCAACUUUUCGGCCCAGACUACAGCUGCCCAGACUCAAAACAUUAUCAUGUCCAAGCUGGAUAAGCGGCGCAAAGGACUGUUUGGUCCUCCUGUGGGGAAGAAAAUGGUGGUCUUUGUGGAUGAUGUGAACAUGCCAGCAAGGGAGGUUUAUGGUGCCCAGCCGCCUGUUGAGCUGCUGCGCCAGUGGCUGGACCACUGGAACUGGUAUGACAUGAAGGACUGCUCUAUGAUCAAACUGGUGGAUAUCCAGGUCAUAUGUGCUAUGGGACCACCUGGUGGAGGGCGAAACCCUGUCACGCCUCGGUACCUGCGCCACUUCAACAUGAUCACCAUUAAUGAUUUUGAUGAGAAGACCAUGUAUACAAUCUUCUCCAGGAUCAUAGACUGGCAUUUCACUAUUCGGUUCUCUUUCCCCAAGUCAUUUGGAGUUCUGACCUCUCAGAUUGUCAAUAGCACCAUGUCUGUGUACCAAGAGGCCACCAAGAACCUGCUCCCAACCCCCGCAAAGUCCCAUUACUUGUUCAAUCUGCGUGAUGUCUCCCGAGUCAUCCAGGGCAUCUGCCUGUCUCGACCAGAAACUGCAGAUGAACCAUCUGCCAUCAAACGCCUGUGGGUGCAUGAGGUCCUGAGAGUAUACUGUGAUCGACUGGUUCAUGACACAGAUCGGUCCUGGCUUGUAAGCUAUUUACAGGUUGUGUUUCAAACUCACAUGAAAGAAAACUUCCAUCAGCUCUUCAAGCAUCUUGACCAGGACAGUGAUGGAAAGGUGACUGAGGACGACCUGCGCAGCCUCAUGUUUUGCGAUUUCCAUGACCCCAAGGGUGAGGACCGCAACUAUCGGGAGGUGAACAAUCUGGAUCAGCUGCGACAGGUGGUGGAGUCACACCUGGAGGAGUACAACAACAUUAGCAAAGCGCCCAUGAAUCUGGUUCUUUUCCGUUUUGCCAUUGAACAUGUGUGCCGCAUUUCCCGCAUCCUCAAGCAGCCAAGUGGCCAUGCCCUGUUGGUGGGUGUAGGUGGGAGCGGGCGCCAGUCCCUCACCCGCUUGGCUGCCUACAUGGCAGAGGCAGAACUUUUCCAGGUGGAAAUCUCUAAAACCUAUGGAACCACUGAGUGGCAUGAUGACCUGAAGCUGAUCAUGAGGAAGUCCACGCAGGGUGAAGCUCAUGGCGUUUUCCUCUUCACAGACACUCAAAUCAAAAUGGAGUCAUUUCUGGAGGACAUUGGGAACCUUCUCAACACUGGGGAGGUUCCUAACCUGUUUGCAGUCGAUGAGAGGCAGGAGAUCUGUGAGCGAAUGCGUGUGUUGGACCGGCAACGUGAUCGUGACAAACAGACGGAUGGCAGCCCCCUGGCUCUUUUCAACAUGUUUGUAGAGCGCUGUCGCACACAGCUUCAUGUGGUGUUGGCCAUGAGUCCCAUCGGAGACGCCUUUAGGAACCGUUUGAGACGUUUCCCUGCCCUCAUUAACUGCUGCACCAUUAACUGGUUUCAGUCUUGGCCUGCGGAUGCCCUACAAGCAGUGGCCUGUCGCUUCCUGGAAGACGUUGAAAUGACAGAUGAGUCCAGAGAAGGCUGCAUCACCAUGUGCAAGAGCUUCCACACCUCAACGAUUGAACUAUCAAAUCGCUUUUUGAUAGAGUUACAGCGUCACAACUAUGUCACCCCAACCUCGUAUCUUGAACUCAUUUCAACCUUUAAAGCCUUGCUGAAGACGAAAAGGGCUAAGGUGAUGAAGAUGAAACGUCGUUAUGAGGUUGGCCUGGAGAAGUUGGAGUCAGCAGCUGACCAGGUGGCCACUAUGCAAGUUGAGCUGGAGGCUCUACAGCCACAGCUGCGUGUUGCCAGCAAGGAGGUGGAUGAGAUGAUGGUGGUUAUAGAGCAUGAAUCUGUGGAGGUGGCUAAGACAGAGAAAGUGGUGAAGGAGGAUGAGGCCGUGGCUAAUGAACAAGCCAUGGCUGCUAAAGCCAUCAAGGAUGAGUGUGAUGCCGACCUUGCUGUAGCUAUGCCUAUCCUGGAGUCAGCCUUGGCUGCAUUGAAUACUCUCACCAAUCAGGAUAUCACAGUGGUAAAGUCCAUGAAAAGCCCUCCCACAGCUGUUAAGCUGGUGAUGGAGGCAAUCUGCAUUCUCAAAGGCAUCAAGCCCGAUCAAAUUCCUGACCCCUCAGGCUCUGGUAAAAAAGUGGAGGACUUUUGGGGCCCAGCAAAAAAGCUCCUGGGAGACAUGAAGUUUCUCCAAAGCCUUCACAAGUAUGACAAGGACAACAUCCAACCAAGUUACAUGACCAUCAUCCGCAACAAGUACAUCACCAACCCAGACUUUGUACCGGAGAAGAUUCGAACUGCAUCCACUGCAGCUGAAGGCAUGUGUAAGUGGGUCUGUGCCAUGGACAAGUAUGACAAAGUGGCCAAGGUUGUGGCUCCAAAGAAGGAGAAGCUGGCACAGGCAGAGGGGGAGCUGAAAGUGGCCAUGGAGAGUCUCCACAAAAAGCAGGCUGCCCUCAAAGAAGUACAAGAUAAACUUGCAAAGCUUCAGGAGACUUUGGAUGCCAACAAGAACAAGAAAGCUGAACUCGAGAAUCAGGUGGAUCUGUGCAGUAAGAAGCUGGAGCGAGCUGAGCAGCUUAUUGGAGGCCUGGGUGGAGAGAAGACACGCUGGAGUGAAAUGGCUUUCAAUCUGGGAGAGCUCUACAAUAACCUGACUGGAGACAUUCUUAUAUCAGCUGGCAUUGUGGCUUACCUGGGAGCUUUCACCUCCAGCUACAGACAGGAUCAAACAGAGGAAUGGAUGAAUCUUUGUAAGAGCCGAGAGAUCCCAUGCUCACCCAACAUGUCUCUGAUGAACUCUCUGGGCGAUCCAGUAAAGAUCCGUGCUUGGACCAUUGCUGGCCUACCAUCAGACAGCUUUUCCAUAGACAAUGGUAUCAUAAUCUCUAACGCCAGGCGGUGGCCUCUGAUGAUUGAUCCCCAAGGCCAGGCCAACAAGUGGGUGAAAAACAUGGAGAAGGCCAAUAGCCUGAAUAUAAUUAAACUGAGUGAUGGCAACUUUGUGCGCAGUCUGGAGAACUGCAUCCAGUUUGGCACACCAGUGCUGUUGGAGAAUGUGGGAGAAGAGCUGGACCCUAUCCUAGAGCCUCUGCUGCUGAGACAGACAUUUAAACAGGGGGGUGCCAUGUGUAUCCGCCUCGGAGACUCGACCAUUGAAUAUGCUCCAGACUUUCGCUUUUACAUCACUACCAAGCUACGGAACCCACACUACCUGCCUGAAACUUCUGUCAAGGUGACCCUGCUGAACUUCAUGAUCACCCCGAAGGGCAUCCAGGACCAGCUACUAGGUAUUGCGGUUGCCCGAGAGAGGCCAGACCUGGAGGAAGAGAAACAGGCUCUCAUCCUCCAAGGCGCGGAGAACAAAAGACAACUGAAGGAGAUUGAAGACAAAAUCUUAAAGGUGCUCUCCUCUUCCGAGGGUAACAUCCUGGAGGACGAGACUGCUGUCAAGAUUCUCUCCUGCUCCAAAGUGCUAGCCAAUGAAAUCCAAGAGAAGCAGGCUGUGGCUGAGGUGACCGAGCAGAAGAUUGAUGAGACCCGCAUGGGCUACACACCCAUUGCUGUGCAUUCAGCUAUCCUGUUCUUCUCAAUUGCUGACCUGGCAAACAUUGAACCUAUGUACCAGUACUCCCUCACCUGGUUUAUCAACCUCUUCAUCAGCUCCAUUGACAACUCAGAGAAAAGCGAUGACUUGGAGCAGAGACUGCAGAUCCUGAGAGACCACUUUACCUACUCACUAUAUCUUAAUGUGUGCCGCUCGCUGUUUGAGAAGGAUAAGCUGCUCUUUUCUUUCGGCCUAAGUGUCAACCUGCUUAUGCACAACAAGCUGGUGGAUGAGGGGGAGUGGCGCUUCUUACUGACGGGUGGUGUGGGACUAGACAACCCACACUCAAAUCCCUGCACCUGGCUCCCUAAGAAGUCUUGGGAUGAGAUUUGCCGCUUGGAUGAGAUGGAGAGUUUUAAACGUCUGCGUCAAGAUAUGGCUCGUCUCAGAAAUGAGUGGAAGAACGUUUACGACAGCCUGAACCCCCAUCAAACCCCCUUUCCUGAAGAGUGGCAGGAGAAGCUGAGCCAGUUCCAGAAGAUGCUGGUGAUCCGUUGUCUUAGACCAGACAAGGUUAUCCCCGUGGUCCAGGAAUUUGUGUCCAACAAUUUGGGCCGUCCCUUCAUCGAAGCACCACCCUUCAACCUGAGUAAGGCCUUCGUUGAUAGUCACUGUUGUGCCCCUCUCAUCUUCAUCCUCUCCCCUGGCUCAGACCCUAUGGCUGCCUUGCUCAAGUUCGGAGAUGAAAAGGGCUUUACAGGUAACAAGCUGACCUCCCUUUCUCUGGGCCAAGGCCAGGGUCCUAUUGCUAUGCGUAUGAUUGAGACAGCCAUUAAAGAGGGCACCUGGGUGGUUCUGCAGAACUGCCAUCUGGCCACAUCGUGGAUGUCUACACUAGAGAGAGUCUGCGAGGAGCUGAACCCUGAUACCACCCACCCAGAAUUCAGGCUCUGGCUGACGAGCUACCCGUCUCCAACCUUCCCCGUGGCGGUGCUUCAGAAUGGGGUGAAGAUGACCAAUGAGGCUCCAAAGGGCCUCCGCGCCAACAUUGCCCGCUCCUUCUUAAUGGACCCAAUCUCUGACCCUGAGUUUUUUGGCAGCAGCAGCAAGCCGGCUGUGUUCAAGAAACUACUGUACGGCCUGUGCUUCUUCCACGCCUUGACUCAGGAGAGGAGGAAGUUUGGACCUUUAGGCUGGAACAUUCCGUACGAGUUCAAUGAGACCGACCUCCGUAUCUCUGUCCAGCAGCUACACAUGUUCCUUGAACAGUACGAGGAAGUGCCUUUUGAUGCCCUCCGCUACAUGACUGGAGAGUGCAACUAUGGAGGUCGUGUAACAGAUGACUGGGACAGACGGACCCUGCGCACCAUCCUCUCUAUCUUCUUCACCUCAAAAGUCAUCAAAGACCCAGACUACAAGUUUGAUCCCAGUGGGCUCUACUACGCGCCAGACGAGGGAGAUUACAACAGCUAUAUAGAAUACACCAAGGCUCUGCCACUCAACCCGUCGCCUGAGAUAUUUGGCAUGAACGCCAACGCAGAUAUCACCAAGGAUCAGUCUGAGACACAGCUACUGUUUGACAGCAUCUUGCUCACACAGUCCCGCUCUUCAGGCGGAGAUGCCAAAUCCUCAGAUGACAUGGUCUUUGAUGUGGCAGCUGACAUCCUGAGCAAACUGCCUCAAGACUUCGACUUAGAGGCAGCAAUGAGACGUUUCCCCACUAGCUACAACCAGAGUAUGAAUACAGUGCUGCUCCAGGAGAUGGGCCGCUUCAACAACCUGCUCUGCACCAUUCGAAACUCCUCUGCCAACAUCCAGAAGGCCAUAAAGGGGCUGGUGGUGAUGUCAGCUGAGCUGGAGGAGGUGGUUAGAAGCAUUUUGAAGGGUCGUAUCCCAGGCAUGUGGAUGAAGAAGUCCUACCCCAGCCUCAAACCGCUGGGGAGCUACGUUACCGAUUUCUUGGAACGACUGCAGUUUUUACAGGAUUGGUAUGAUCAGGGGACCCCUGCCGUGUUUUGGGUGUCAGGAUUCUUCUUCACGCAGGCCUUCCUCACUGGAAGCCAGCAGAACUAUGCCAGGAAACACACAGUCCCUAUUGAUCUGCUCAGCUUCGACUUCGAGGUCCUGGAUGGCAUGCAGUACAAACGACCCCCAGCGGAUGGUGUGUACAUCAGAGGUCUGUUUCUCGAUGGAGCACGCUGGGACAGAAAGACCAAACUUCUUGCCGAGUCCUACCCAAAAGUUCUACACGACCCGAUGCCUGUGAUGUGGCUGAAGCCUGUCAAGCGGCAGGACAUUCCCCAGAGGAUGUGCUAUGUGGUGCCAGUCUACAAGACGAGCGAGAGGCGUGGCACCCUGUCCACCACCGGCCACUCAACCAACUACGUCAUUGGAAUGACACUGAACUCUGACAUUCCUGCUGAACACUGGAUCAGACGAGGAGUGGCUCUGCUCUGCCAGCUCAGCUCCUAGUCUCAGUCGGUUUCACACAAAUACCACGAUGUGAUUUAAAGAACGUGAACAGAAAUUAUAUUUAUGCAGAACACAAGGGCUGUGUGCAUUUGUUAGAGACCUAAUAUCACAAUGAUGGCUUUAUGGUACAAUAUAUUGUGACUUUUCUUCAAUCUAAAAUAAAACUCAAGAAUCAAAUAAGUUAUUAAAUGUUAAUUAAAGUAUUUAAAUGCAA